GUCACCAUAGUAACCAACAAUGUGCCAGCUGUGGGAGGAGAGAGUGGUGAGACCCGCUGUCAGGGGGACAUGGAGAAGGCAGACAUGGUUGACGGAAUCAAAGAGAGUGUGUGCUGGACGCCGCCUCCAGAGGUCAACCCCAACAAGACGUGUGAAUACCAGGCACUGUGCUCACGCUUCAAGGACCUGCUCACGUUACCAGAUGGCUACUUCAGCGAAGACGCCAAGUACAACCUGUGCUACUGUGAGUCCUGCCACAAGCUCCGAGGAGACGAGGCGUACUACAAAAGAGGCGAGCCGCCCCGGGACUACGCCCUGCCCUUCGGCUGGUGCCGCUUCGCCCUCAGGAUUAAGCCCCACUGUGAGGUUUCUAAUGCACUGAAGAAGUGGCACAUCGCGUACCACGGCACGAGUGUCGGAGCCCUGCGACGCACGCUGGACCACAGCGAACUGCUGCCUGGGACGUCGUCCAUCUUCUCGGUGUCUCCGGUGAAGGCGGAGGGGCCAAACGGCUACAGCGAGCCAGAGGAGAACAGCGCCCCAGGCAGGGAGGUUCCCAGAGUGCACCUCUCCCCCACCAUGCGCUACUCCGGCUUGGAGAUCUUUGCUCCCAAAGUGCAAUUUCAGGACCCCCGCUCUCACCGCAGCCACCAGGCCCAGGUGGGAUUCCAGGUGUGCGUGCGUCCAGGCUCCUACAAGGUGGGGCCCCAGACGCUCGGCCACAGCGAGCCCCUGGACCCGCGCUUCAGCAACUCGGAGAUCGAGUGGAUCACCAAGGAGCAGGGCGGUACGCUCCUCUACGGGCUGCUCGUCCGGAUCGAGUGAACGGAGCAACGAGGGAGGCAUUAGGGUGGAAGGGAGAGGGCGGCGUCGUCAUGGCGCUCCUCGUACUUUUGAUAAACUGACAACCAAAUCCAACCCCUGCCUUGAGCGAGAGACUCCUCUGGAAUCCAGCUGUGGAUUGUUGACAAUUCAGCAUUAUUGAUUUUUUUCUUUUUUCGUUUAUUUUGUUAGUUGUUUGCUCUCGGACUCCUUUAACGGCCGGGGCCUACGGCGGUUUCAAAGAAGAACAGACACUGCCUGCACUUUAUGUUUCGGACACUCGUGGGCGAUUUUUUUAAAAACGAACUUCUCAUCGACACGACACGUUUGUUCAUUCACUGCAGUUUUUUUUUUUUUUUUUUCUCCCUUCAUUCUCACAAACAGAAUUUUUUUUCUUAAUUUCUUUCUGCACUUAUUUUAACAAUCAUCACAUCUGCUCUGGUCAGUGUUUUACUUUAGGAGGAGCUGUCCCCUGCCAACCUGCACAUUAACGGACCGUCGCCUAAAAAGAAGAAACGUGGGGCAAGUACAAAAAAAAAGAAAAGAAGAAGAGACAAUGUUUUCACAAAAAUAUAGAAACCGCAGACACUUGAAUCUGACACUGAACCCGAGAGUGUCUUGUGAUUGUGACUUCUUUACGGGCGGAUUUUAAAACUGGAGGAAGAAAAAAAAUGUUUACACAUGUACCACUGUAUGUUGCUGUCCUCUACGUGUCUCCACGGUAACAGUCGGGCUAACCUAUUAUUCAUGUUUGCGGUUUUUUUUUUUUUAAAAGGACCCAGUGUCAUUUCCUAAUCAGACGGAAAACUGGAAAGAAUUGUGAAAAUAGUUUGAGAAGCUAAAAAAAUAGAUAUUGAAUGGAAAUAAUUCUCCAGCCUGACAACUUUUGUGCAACCCGUGAUAUUUUUUUUUUGUGCUACAAAUUUCUUUACGUCUAUAUAUUCGGUGGGUUGCGACACAAGGAUUCAAAGGAAGCAUUAGACAUUUUGGUAAAAAAAAGGAAGAUCACACCACUGUCACCUCUGUGCAGUAAAUAUUAAGCUACUUCCGGAGAAACGCCGGCCCGGACGACUUAGGGAAGCGGCUGUACGUUACAUUUUAGUUUCAGUAGGAAACAAGUGGCAUCAAAAUUCCCAGAAUGCCAUUUAUUUCUUUUCAAAGUUAGUUCAACAGACAGACGCCAGAAGAGUGUUUUUCUCCGCUCCAUACCUCCCUUCGAUCCGUCAUGUCGUACUGUUUACCGCGCGGGACCUUUUCAGAGCCACAACCCAGGAAGCAACAAGAUCAGCAGGACGUCUGCACACCGCGACCUGCGCUGGCGUUUACACGUGAAUGUUAAUUAGGGCUCUGUGGUUCCAUUACGUCAAACAUCGCACAUUUACAUUUGUCAGAAAUGUUUAUACAAGCGUUCUACUUCAUCUGAAACCUCCACUUAGAGACUGAUUGUAUGUGAAACAGCUUUCCAAAGCGUUAUUUUGUUUUUCUCAUCGUUCUCAGUCCUGUUGCCAAUUUGUGCUGCAGAACAUGAACCCCUAACGUGUUUUAUAUUUUUAAAGGCACAGCUUCGACGAGUCAAACUCAAAAAAACAACAAAGAAGCUCGGACACCUUCUCAGAGCUGCUGUGAUCCGACUGACAGAAGAUCUACGGGGUUUUGCGAAGGAAAAAAAACUUCCAAUCAAAAAUGUGAAAAAUAUUAUUAUUAUUAUGGGUUGUUUAUGGCCCAGUGCUGCUUUGUACAAUUUGAUUUGUAUCAUUUUUGUUUUCUGUAUGUUGCGUUGUACAGGCUGUUACAUAACAAAUCAUAUCUUCCUGAUUUAUAAAUAAUGAAAAUAAACUGACAGACAGUAUGCACAGA